AAGGGAAUGCCCAAUCCAGAGAGACAUGGGGGCAAGAAGGACGGGAGUGGAGGAGCUUCUGGAACUUUGCAGCCGUCAUCGGGAGGUGGCAGCUCUAACAGCAGGGAGCGUCACCGGUUGGUAUCGAAGCAUAAGCGGCAUAAGUCCAAGCACUCCAAAGACAUGGGAUUGAUGACUCCCGAAGCCGCACCUUUGGGUACAGUUAUCAAACCUUUGGUGGAGUACGAUGACAUCAGCUCUGAUUCCGAUACCUUCUCUGACGACAUGGCCUUCAAGUUAGACAGGAGGGAGAAUGACGAACGCCGUGGAACUGACCGGAGUGACCGCCUGCACAAACAUCGUCACCACCAGCACCGACGGUCCCGGGACUUACUAAAAACUAAGCAGACCGAGAAGGAAAAAAUCCAGGAAGUCUCCAGCAAGUCGGGAUCGAUGAAGGACCGGAUAUCAGGAAGUUCCAAGCGUUCCAAUGAGGAGAACGAUGACUAUGGGAAGGCACAGAUCUCCAAAAGCAGCAGCAACAAGGAAUCCAGGUCCUCCAAACUGCAUAAGGAGAAGGCCCGAAAGGAACGGGAGGUGAAGUCUGGGCACAAAGACCGGAGUAAAAGUCAUCGGAAAAGGGAAACACCCAAAAGUUACAAAACCGUGGACAGCCCCAAACGGAGAUCCAGGAGCCCCCACAGGAAGUGGUCUGACAGCCCCAAGCAAGAUGAUAGCCCCUCUGGAGCGUCUUACGGCCAAGAUUAUGACCUCAGCCCCCCACGAUCUCACACCUCCAGCAAUUACGACUCUUACAAGAAAAGCCCCGGGAGCACCUCCAGGAGGCAGUCGGUUAGCCCUCCGUACAAGGAGCCUUCCGCCUACCAGUCCGGCGCCCGCUCGCCCAGCCCUUACAGCAGGCGGCAGAGGUCGGUGAGCCCCUACAGUCGGCGGCGGUCGUCCAGCUACGAAAGGAGCGGCUCGUACAGUGGCCGGUCGCCCAGCCCCUACGGCCGACGGCGCUCCAGCAGCCCUUUCCUGAGCAAACGGUCUCUGAGUCGGAGCCCGCUCCCCAGGAAAUCCAUGAAGUCUAGGAGUAGAAGUCCAGCAUAUUCAAGACACUCAUCUUCUCAUAGUAAAAAGAAGCGAUCCGGGUCACGCAGUCGACAUUCCAGUAUCUCACCUGUCAGGCUUCCAUUGAACUCCAGCUUGGGAGCUGAACUCAGUAGAAAAAAGAAGGAAAGAGCGGCAGCUGCUGCAGCAGCAAAAAUGGAUGGAAGAGAAUCCAAGGGGUCACCUAUAUUUUUGCCUAGAAAAGAGAACAGUUCAGUAGAGGCUAAGGAUUUAGGCUCCGAGUAUAAAAAGUUCUCCAGAGGUAUCAAAUUGGAGAAAUCUGCCCCAGAUACUGAACUGGUGAAUGUAACACAUGUAAACACAGAGGUCAAAAAUUCUUUAGAUGCAGGGAAAGUAAAGUUGGAUGAAAACUCUGAAAAGCAACCUGUUCCUAAAGAUUUGAAAGCACAGGGAACAAGAGACUCUAAACCCAUAUCAUUGAAAGAGGAGAUUGUUACUCCAAAGGAGACAGAGACAUCAGAAAAGGAGAUCCUGCCUCCUCUCCCCACAGUUACCUCUCCUCCACCUCCAUUACCAACUACUACCCCUCCACCUCAGACACCCCCUUUGCCACCUUUGCCUCCACUACCAGCUGUCCCACAGCAACCACCUCUGCCUCCUCCCCAACCAGCAUUUAGUCAGGUUCUUGUUUCUAGUACUUCAGCUUUACCCUCUUCUGCUCAUCCAAGGACAUCUACUCUGUCCUCUCAGGCAAAUUCUCAGCCCCCUGUACAGGUUUCAGUGAAGACUCAAGUAUCUGUAACCGCUGCUAUUCCACACCUAAAAACUUCAACAUUGCCUCCUUUACCUCUCCCACCCUUAUUACCUGGAGAUGAUGACAUGGAUAGUCCAAGAGAAACUCUUCCUUCAAAACCUAUAAAGAAAGAGAAGGAACAAAGGACACGUCACUUACUCACAGACCUCCCUCUCCCUCCUGAGCUCCCUGGUGGGGAUCCGUCUCCCCCAGAAUCUCCAGAACCAAAGUCAAGCACACCACCUCAGCAUCCAUAUAAAAAGAGACCAAAAAUUUGCUGUCCUCGUUAUGGAGAAAGAAGACAAACAGAAAGCGACUGGGGAAAACGUUGUGUAGACAAGUUUGACAUUAUUGGGAUUAUCGGAGAGGGAACCUAUGGCCAAGUAUAUAAAGCCAAGGACAAAGAUACAGGUGAGCUAGUAGCCCUGAAGAAGGUGAGGUUGGACAAUGAGAAAGAGGGCUUUCCAAUCACAGCCAUUCGUGAGAUAAAAAUCCUGCGUCAGCUGAUCCAUCGAAGUGUAGUCAACAUGAAGGAAAUUGUCACCGAUAAACAAGAUGCUCUGGAUUUCAAGAAGGACAAAGGUGCCUUUUACCUUGUAUUUGAGUAUAUGGAUCAUGACCUCAUGGGACUGCUAGAAUCUGGUUUAGUUCACUUUUCUGAGGACCAUAUCAAAUCUUUCAUGAAACAGCUAAUGGAAGGAUUGGAUUACUGUCACAAAAAGAAUUUCCUGCAUCGGGAUAUUAAAUGUUCCAACAUUUUGCUGAACAACAGUGGGCAAAUCAAACUAGCAGAUUUUGGACUUGCUCGACUCUAUAACUCUGAAGAGAGUCGCCCUUAUACAAACAAAGUCAUUACUCUUUGGUACCGACCUCCUGAACUUCUGCUAGGAGAGGAGCGUUAUACACCUGCCAUAGAUGUGUGGAGCUGUGGAUGUAUCCUUGGGGAACUGUUCACAAAGAAGCCUAUUUUUCAAGCCAAUCUGGAACUGGCACAACUGGAACUGAUCAGUCGACUCUGUGGUAGCCCUUGUCCAGCUGUGUGGCCUGAUGUUAUCAAGCUGCCAUACUUCAAUACCAUGAAACCGAAAAAACAAUAUAGAAGGCGUCUACGGGAGGAAUUCUCUUUCAUUCCUUCAGCAGCACUUGAUUUGUUAGACCAUAUGCUGACACUGGAUCCUAGCAAACGUUGCACAGCUGAACAAACCCUACAGAGUGACUUCCUGAAAGAUGUUGAGCUCAGCAAAAUGGCUCCUCCAGACCUCCCCCACUGGCAAGACUGUCAUGAAUUAUGGAGUAAGAAACGGCGACGGCAGCGACAAAGUGGUGUUGUGGUAGAAGAACCACCUCCUUCGAAAACCUCUCGAAAAGAAACUACCUCAGGGACAAGUGCUGAGCCUGUGAAGAACAGUAGUCCAGUACCACCUCAGCCUGCUCCUGGCAAAGUGGAGCCUGGGGCUGGGGAUGCAAUAGGGCUCGGUGAUAUCACACAGCAGUUGAAUCAAAGUGAAUUGGCAGUGUUACUGAACCUGCUGCAGAGCCAGACCGACCUGAGCAUCCCUCAGAUGGCACAGCUGCUUAACAUCCACUCCAACCCAGAAAUGCAGCAGCAGCUGGAGGCCUUGAACCAGUCUAUCAGUGCCCUAACGGAGGCAACUUCUCAGCAGCAGGACUCAGAGCCUGUAGCUCCAGAAGAGUCUUUGAAAGAGGCACCCCCUGCCCCACUGGUUCAUCCUUCAGCAGAACAGACAACCCCUGAAACUUCAAGCGCACCAGCUGACAUGCAGAAUAUGUUGGCAGUUCUCUUGAGUCAACUGAUGAAAACCCAGGAGCCAGCAGGCAGCCUGGAGGAAAACAACAGUGACAAGAACAGUGGGCCACAGGGGCCCCGAAGAACUCCCACAAUGCCACAGGAGGAGGCAGCAGCAUGUCCUCCUCACAUUCUUCCACCAGAGAAGAGGCCCCCUGAACCCCCUGGACCUCCACCGCCGCCACCUCCACCCCCUCUGAUUGAAGGCGAUCUUUCCAGCGCCCCCCAGGAGUUGAACCCAGCCGUGACAGCCGCCUUGCUGCAACUUUUAUCCCAGCCUGAAGCAGAGCCUCCUGGCCACCUGCCACAUGAGCACCAGGCCUUGAGACCAAUGGAAUACUCCACCCGACCCCAUCCCAACAGGACUUACGGAAACACUGAUGGGCCUGAAACAGGGUUCAGUGCCACUGACACUGAUGAACGAAACUCUGGUCCAGCCUUGACAGAAUCCUUGGCUCAGACCCUGGUGAAGAACAGGACCAUCUCAGGCUCUGUGAGCCACCUUGGGGAGUCCAGCAGUUACCAGGGCACAGGGUCAGUGCAGUUCCCAGGGGACCAGGAUCUCCGUUUUGCCAGGGUUCCCUUAGCAUUACACUCAGUGGUUGGGCAGCCAUUCCUGAAGGCUGAGGGAAGCAGCAAUUCAGUGGUACAUACAGAGAACAAAUUGCAAAACUAUGGGGAACUGGGGCCAGGAACCACUGGGUCCAGCACCUCAGGAGCAGGCCUUAAUUGGGGGGCCCCAGCUCAAUCUUCUGCUUUUGGAAAACUCUAUCGGGGACCUACAAGAGUCCCACCAAGAGGGGGAAGAGGGAGAGGAGUUCCUUACUAACCCAGAGACUGAUUUCAGUUUCCUUCCCUAUCCAUCCUUUCCAUCCAGUCUGAACCUUUAAUGAAAUCAUUUAUGAGAGUGAGGUAAUCAUCUGCAUUUGGCUACUACAAAGCUGUCCAUUGUAUUCCUUGCUCACUUGCUACUAGCAGGUGACUUAUAAUGAUGUUGGCACCAGUUCCCCCAGAUGGGCUAUAGCCAGAACAUUUACUUCAACUCUACCAAGUAGAUACAAGUAGAGAAUAUGGAGAGGGUCAUUAAAUUGAAAAGUAAAUAUUUUGUUAGUUCAUUGCCUGCACUUCAUGAGCAGAAGAAAAAGAAGAGUUUCAGUUUUGAGAUGGCUCAGGAGAGGCUCUCUUUAAGUUUUAAAAGUUUUUUAUGGUUUCUUUUAUUUUAUUUUCUUUAAAGAAAAUAGUGUUCACAAAAUUUGAGCUGAUCUUAGGCCUUUGCUAUAAGGGAAACAGUGACCUGGCUGAUUUAAAUAAAUGUUUCCUUUCUCUCCACCAUCUUUACAUCUUUGCUUUCAAGUGAACUCUUGUUUUUGCUUUUGUUUUUAACCCACAUUGAGCAUCUUGAAUAUACCUUUUUUCCAAAUAAAUUACUUAUUCUCAGAGUUUGUUCCACUUUUACAAAAGACAUGCCCUGUCUUCCUGCGCAUGAAGCAGGUUAUAGAAAGUGACAUUCCUGGGCAAGUAGGUAGGUUAACCUUAGCGCUUCCCAUUUUUAACCUCAUUUCUAUAGUUUCUCUCUCUGUUUCCCUCUCCCCUUCUUCCCUUUCUCACCUUUCCUUCCCUUUUUCCCUCCCUCACUUCCCUAUCUUGCUCUCUGAGGCAUUUAUUUGGGAAAAAAUUAUUCUUCGAGAUGCCCAAGAACCUGGGAUAAUUCCUUACUUUUUUGAAAUAAAGGAAAGGAUCAGACUGUUAUAGUAUUCUCUGUAACUCUUCAAUUCUAAAAUGAUUUUUGGUUUUUUUAAAACCAUGUUCUCAUGGUGAAGUUAAUUUAUAAAUGCAGACAACGUAGGACAUUGUUGCUGAGCUGGGGUUAGAGAUGAUGCCUCCAUACCUAGAGGGCUAGUAAGAGUGGUUAGCAUAUUGUUUACACAUAUAUUUUUAUGUCAAAACUUUGAAACAGAGCAUUGUAAUAUUGUCAAAGAGAAAAAUAACAUCUUGAAAAUACAUGGAAAUGUGACUUAGUUUAGGGUGGAUAUUUUUCUGAAGAUAUAUCAAUACCUGAGACCUUUUUUAAAAAAUAAUUUUAAAACAAUAAGUACAGUAUUGACAUAUACACAUCUCAGCAUGUAUCUCCUGCCAACUCUUUUAGGGAUUUUCCUCCAGAGAGUUUUGGUUUUGGUAAAAGGGGUUAACUUAUGAUUUCAUGGCAAGAACCUUGCCUUAUGAUGAACAGGAAAUGGAAAAGGGAAAGGCUUUCUGGGAGGUAUAACUUGGGGAGGUUUCUCAUCUGGCUUCCAUUUCUGUGUGAGUACCAGCAUAUAGGUAGAGUGUUUUAAAAAAUACACAUUCAUAUAAAUUAUCUUCACAAACUUAGAUCUUUGUGAAAUGUAGGUUUAGCCCCCUUUUACAAAAAAAAAAAGGCAAGCAUGCUUCAGCAUUUUGGAGAAUAAUUUUCAGAAUUCAAGUGAAGUUUCGUGUUUCAAUGCCAAGUUCUUAUAUUAAAAAAUAAAAACUAUUGUAAGAGAAAGGUGCACUAAUAAAAAAAAACUUUAAAAAAAUGAAAGAAGAACCCUCUUCUGAUACUUACAUGAAGACUAUUUCCCCUAUUACUGAAAUAGGUAGACAUCGGUGUGUGUAUUUCUUUAUUUUCUGGUUUUUGAUCUGACCUUGCCCUUAAGGUCAAACACUGAUUAGAAAGAGAAACUUCUAGCCAUUUUGGCAUUGAUGGCUUUUUAUACCAGUGUGUCCAAUUAUAUUUGUUAGACUCACUGAUUCAAUAGUUGGUACAUUUCAUUAAAGUUUAUCUGAACCUUUUGUCUGUUGACUUCUUAGUCCUCAGACAUGGCCUUUGUAUUUUAGAACAUUUGAAUUUGAGGUGUUGGGCCCCAUUCACCCGUUUUUGAUUAAAGAAUUUAAGCCUGGGAUACUUUUAAAAGUAUCCAGUGAAAAAAAUUGGUUUCCCAUUAAAUAUGAAUAAAAUUCUAUAUAUAUUUUAAUUGUAUUUUGGCUAUCAACAAUCAUCAAUAAUGUUUUUUCCUUCCUACCCCUUAUUUUUAAUUAUGCCAAAUACUCUAACAUGCUUAAGUCUCUAUUCCCCCAUCCCUACUAGGGAAGAGGGUUGAGUGUAUGUGUGUAUGUGUAUGUGUGAUCCCAUCUCAUUCCUACCCCCCAUUUUGGGACUCUAACCUUUAAAAUGAAAAAAAAAAAAAAAAGUUUGGUAAUUUUGACUUUCUAAAGCAGAGGAAACAAGAAACUCACUUAAAUAUCCUGGAAUCUUUGUGGAGGAAGAAAAGGUAUUUGUUAAUUUUUCAGCUGUGUUAUCUAUGAACGUGAUGGAAGUAAAGGUUUGGCAGAAUUUCAACUUAACUGUUAGAAAGUUACAAGCCCAAAUAUAUUCAAAAGUGGUUUUGGUUUUGUUUGGUUUUAAUUCUUGUACCAUAGGAGAUAUUAAUACUAUUAAAUACAUAAUUUUGAACAGAUGAGAAAACUGUUCAUGAAUGAGAGGUAAAACUGGUUUGACAAUGACCAUUUUUGUGUUUUUCCCAACAAGUUUGCUUGACCCAGUUUCCUUAGUUCUUUUUUCAACUGGCCCUAAAAAUGAUAAGGAUGUGAAGAUGAUAUCAAAUCUAUGUUUGAAAGCAGGGCAGUUAGCACAAAUUUGUAAGUAGGACUUCUGUUAGCUUAUGCCAUAGACAUCACCCAAGCACUUGUGUGUGUGUGUGUGUGUAUAUAUAUAUAUGAGGUAUAUAUAUAUAUACAUAUAUAAUAUGCAUAUAUAGUUACAGUACUAAAAUGGUUACCAGCCGGUUUCGAGAGAGAAUGCUGCAUCAAAAGUGUCAGUUGCCACCUCAUUCUCCCUGAUUUAGGUUCUGACACUGUGUUCCUUUCUCUCUCUCAUUUUUUGCCCCCCAUUGGGUGUAUCUUGUCUAUGUACAGAUAUUUUGUAAUAUAUUAAAUUUUUUUCUUUCAGUUUAUAAAAAUGGAAAGUGGAGAUUGGAAAAUUAAAUAUUUCCUGUUACUAUACCACUUUUGCUCCAUUGCAUUUACUUCUAAAUCUGUACCUUCUAAGUAGAUCUAAUUAUGUAUAAAGGACAUUUUUUCCUCCACUUUAUCUUAGGGUACUUUG